AUGCAGGCCCUGAGUUUGCCAUGGCCAACCCACUGGAAGCUUAUAUCCCUUGGUACCGGAGGUAUCUUCACCUUGCUAUGGAUCCGUCGCCUGUCCAAGCAACCAUGGGCCCCACUGUCUGCAGAGUGGGUGAUAGCUCAAAUACUGGGGCACGGGAUUUGGCGAAUAUUGGCCCCAUCUGCAGAUGAUGGAACACUAGCUCUGAGCUUCUGGGAGAGGAUUCAGCGCGUCAGAGAACUGCGGGCAAUCCUGGGCUUGGAGAGAUUCCAUCAGAUUGACGUAGCACGACGCACUGCUGAAGGCGAGAAUGGCUGGGGCAAGACGACCGGAACACAUCACAUGCAGCACCUGCCUGGCCUGGUAUUCCGAGGUGAGGACCAAGAGCUGGCGCGAGCAGCGCUGAAGCGCAGCGCGCAGAUCUUCGCAGACCCUAGAGAAGCUCUCCGGCUCCAUCAAGAAUGGGAAAGGAUUCCCAUUGUCAAGGACCUGGUCCUCGUGGGCGGAGGUCAUUCCCAUGUGCACGUGCUGCGAAUGCUGGGCAUGGAGCCACUACCCGGGGUCCGCGUUACGCUCGUAACACGAGAUGUGGAGACUCCAUACAGCGGGAUGCUUCCAGCUCAUAUAGCUGGCACAUACACACGAACAGAGUGCCACUUGGACUUGAAUGUCCUCGCACGCUUUGCAAGGGUUCGCCUGAUCCAUGCCACAGUUGAGAGUAUUGAUCUGCAUAAGAAGCACAUUCACCUCGAAGGUGACCGACCUCCAAUUGCAUACGACAUACUGUCCAUCAACAUUGGAUCCGCUCCCAAAGUCCAGAUGGAUGCUUCCAAGGAGAACAUUACGCCAGUGAAGCCCAUCGAUGGCUUCGGUGCUCGCUGGGAUGACUUGCUAAGCCGAGUGCCUUCCUGGCAAGGUGUCCGUCGCUUACUGGUAGUCGGUGGGGGCGCAGGCGGGUUCGAGCUGGCUGCCACAAUGCGUGCAAGGCUGGUAAAAGAGCUUGCACGCAUAAGCAGCACAGCCAAGCACACUCCGGGUGCACGAGCCCUUGCUGAGAAGGCUUUGCGGCAGCGAGACAUCGAAGUCUACAUUGGCUAUGACGUCACGCGCGCAGAAGCUGGAGUCUUGCACUGUAGCGAUGGCAGGACCCUCACCUACGACGACUGCAUUUGGUGCACGCAAGGCUCCCCGCAGCAUUGGGUGGCUGCAUGUGGGCUUUGCACGGACAAGGAUGGUUUUCUUUUGGUGGACCAGCAGAUGAGGUGCAAGCCCAAGGAUACAUUGUCACAAACCAUUGACAGCAUUGGUCCGGUCUUUGCAGGUGGGGACAUUGCAUCCGUGGAGGGCCACCCACGGCCAAAAGCAGGAGUCUUUGCUGUCAUGGCGGGCAUGGUUCUUUGGUUGAACAUCCGGGCGUGUUUGACCGGCGAGAAGUUGGUGACCUACUGGCCGCAGCACUCCUUCUUGGGACUUCUGAAUCUGGGUGACGGAAGGUGCAUAGCAUCCAGGGGCACACUGGCGACUGAAGGCGCCUGGCUAUGGGGCUUGAAAGAUUGGAUUGACAGACGCUGGAUGUGGAACUACUUCGAAGGGCUGCCCGAGAUGCCGGCAUCUCUGGAUACUGUUAGCACAGCUGGUCUCGCAGUGGCUAAAGCGGCCGGAGGCACUGCUGCCAAUCUGCUCAAGCAAUCCGUAAUGCGCUGUGGCGGCUGUGGCGCCAAGGUUGGUGCCACCACGUUAGAGCGGGCCAUGUCCCGAGUCGAUCUUCCCAGACAGCCUGCGCCCGAAUCAAAGGCAGAAGUUGUCCUUGGAACUGGCGAUGAUGCAGCCGUGAUAGAUCUCAUAGCCGAUGGCGGAUCUGGCAAAGUAACAUCUGUGCAGACGAUUGACUUCUUCCGCAGCUUUGUCGGAGAUCCGUAUCAGUUUGGGCGCAUUGCGGCUGCCCAUGCGCUGAGUGACUGUGAAGCCAUGGGCGCCAUACCGCAGACCGCCCUGGCAUUGGUGCAGGUCCCUUUCGCGCUGGAGGAUAAACAGGAGGAGGAUUUGGUCCAGCUCAUGGCCGGGGCAUCUUCCGCACUGAAGAAAGUCGGCUGUGCUUUGGUGGGAGGCCACACAUGCGAAUCCCGUGAGCUUGGGCUGGGUUUUGCCAUCUCAGGGCGCCUACCUGGAACGGCCAUGACGAAGGCAGCAAUGAGAGCCGGGGAUGUUCUGAUCCUUACAAAGCCUCUGGGCACAGGAACACUCUUUGCGGCUGACAUGCGCGCCAAAGCCAGGGGUCCAUGGAUUGCUGCAGCGCUGCAUAGCAUGGCGAUGUCUAACAGCAAGGCCGCUGCCCUGCUGCAAGCGCGGGGCACGCUGGCAUGUACGGACGUCACAGGCUUCGGGCUGAUUGGCCACCUCGCGGAGAUGUGCCGAGCCUCUGCAGUCCACGCAAUGUUGGACAUGACACAGGUUCCACUGUACGACGGCGCCCUGGACUGUCUCAGAAUGGGCAUUGAAAGCUCUCUUCAGCCCGCGAAUGUCAGACUCCGUCGCGCUGUGGCAAACCAUGAUGAGGUUCGAGGCAGCCUUGCGUACCCGCUACUCUUCGAUCCGCAGACCUCGGGUGGCCUGCUUGCAGCCGUCCCCAAAGAACACGCAGAGGCCUGUGUUGCGGAGUUGCGGGCCACCGGCGCUGCACCCAAGGCUGCCAUCAUCGGAGAAGUCACCCAUGAUGCCAAAGAUCACCUUGAGCUGAUUACGGUGAAAGUCUAG